AUGACGGGCCGGGGCAGCUUCACCGAGUCGGAGCUCUCCGAGGAGGAGCUGGACGGGACCGCGCCAUGCGGGGACGGGUUCGAGGACAGCGGCAGCGACGACGGCGGCGGCGGCAGGAAGGGGUCGUCCCCCCUGCCCGGGAGCGAGGAUUCGGCGGGCGGGGCCUCCCCCGGAGAGCCCGGGGAGGCCAAGGGCCAAGGGAAGAGGCGGAGCCGGCCGGCGCGGUCCAAGGCCCGGCGGGUGGCGGCCAACGUGCGGGAGCGCAAGCGCAUCCUGGACUACAACCAGGCCUUCAACGCCCUGCGCGCCGCGCUCAAGCACGACCUGAGCGGCAAGCGGCUCUCCAAGAUCGCCACGCUGCGCCGCGCCAUCAACCGCAUCGCCUCGCUGUCCGUCUUCCUGCGCGCCAACCCCGGGCCCGCCCCCUGCGCCGCCGCCGCCGCCGCCGUCACCGCCCCGCUGCAACAGCGCCGGCCCUGCGUCCGCGCCGACUGCCGCGGCCCCGCGGACGAACCCGGGUCCGAGCCCCGGGAGGAGUGCGGCUUCCGGGCGCUGCCCGACCCCUACCUGUGCGGGCGCCAGCCGGCCGGCCUGCAUGCGCACGGCCACGCCCACGGCCCCGCCCACAUCCUGCCGGGGGAACCCCAGCUGUACCCGGCGGACGCCGCGGGGCACCCGGGGCCCCCCUGCCCUCCUUCGCCGCGCUGCCCCCGCGUCUCGGCCGACGCCCCGCUCUUCGCCCCGCACGAACGAUACCCUGAGCUCCGCAGCCCCCCCAUCUACGCCGGGGGGGGCGGGGGCGGCGGCGGCGGCGGGCCGGGGUCCGGCUACCAGUUCGGGGCCCGGGCCACCUGUCACCAGAACCACAUGGACGCCUUCGCGGACUGCCACCCCGCGCUCCCCCCCCUCGCCUGGCAGCUCGGCUACCUGCAGGGGGGGUCCGGGUUCCAGCAGUCCCUCAGCAUGCACUGA